AUGGCUAGCGGUCUUCAAGCUGCCGCCCGUUAUGGCGCCCAAAGUGUAACUCAAUUGGCCGGCUCCACCUCUUCUUCCCUGAGUCGAACUCUUCAGGCUAAUGGUCUUCGACGAUUUGCCCACCAGACACAAACCUCUCCUCCAACCUCUCCUUUCGCCCCUCGCCAUCUGCUCUCCAUUGCAGACCUGACCCCCGCGGAGUUCGCAACCCUGGUGCGCAAUGCCUCCUCCCACAAGCGCGCUAUCAAGUCCGGAGCUAUCCCGCAAAGUCUUAUUGGAGCCCUCUCCGGUAAGACCGUCGCCAUGAUGUUCAACAAGCGCAGCACCCGUACUCGUGUCUCGACCGAAGCUGCCACUGUCCAGAUGGGCGGUCACCCCAUGUUCCUCGGCAAGGAAGAUAUCCAGCUCGGCGUCAACGAGUCUCUCUACGAUACCUCCGUCGUCAUUUCCUCCAUGGUUUCCUGCAUUGUCGCGCGUGUCUCCAAGCACUCCGACGUGGCUGAUCUGGCCAAGCACUCCACCGUCCCCGUUAUCAAUGCCCUCUGCGACUCCUUCCACCCUCUGCAAAUUAUUGCCGACUUUGUGACUAUCUAUGAAUCCUUCACUCCCAAGGCCCACAAUCUUUCCAGUCUGGGUCUGGAGGGUCUGAAGAUUGCCUGGAUUGGUGAUGCCAACAACGUCCUGUUCGACCUGGCCAUUGGUGCGACCAAGAUGGGUGUUGACAUGCACGUCGCCACACCCAAGGGCUACGAGAUCCCCGCCGACAUGGUCGACCUGAUCCAGCGCUCUGGUGAAGGCGUUGCCUCUGCCGGCAAGCUUAUCCAGACCAACACCCCCGAGGAGGCUGUCAAGGACGCCGAUAUCCUGGUCACCGACACCUGGGUCUCUAUGGGCCAGGAGGAGGAAGCCAAGAAACGCAUGAAGGCCUUUGAAGGUUUCCAGAUCACUGCCGACCUGGCCAAGCGUGGUGGUGCCAAGGAGAACUGGAAGUUCAUGCACUGCCUGCCCCGCCACCCGGAGGAGGUGAGCGAUGAGGUCUUCUACAGCCCUCGCUCCUUGGUGUUCCCCGAGGCGGAGAACCGUCUGUGGGCGGCAAUCUCGGCUCUGGAGGGCUUUGUUGUGAACAAGGGCAAGAUUGUGGAGUAG